CUCAGUGUCUGGCACUCGGUGCGGGAUGCACGGUGAGCGGUGAGCUCGGGGUGAUGCGGGGGCACGCGGUGCUGGAUGCUCAGUGCAUUGAGCGCUGUGCACGGUGCAGGGUGCACGGGGUGGUGCCGGGCGCGCAGUGCGCGGUGCUCAGUGCAGGGCACUCGGUACAGGGUGCUCAGUGCGAGGUGUUCAGUAUGUGGCACUCGGUGAGCAGCGUGAACGAGGUGGUGGUGCAGGGCACUCGGUGCAUGGCGCUCAGUGCGGGGUGCUCAGGCACCCAUUGCAGGGCAGUCUGAUGUGGCACUCAGCACAGGAUGCUCAGUGCGUUGCACUCAGCACAGGAUGCUCAGUGCAGGCUGCUUAGUGCAGGAUGCUCAGUGAGCAGUGUGCACAAGGCGGCGGUGCGGGGUGCUCGGUGCAUGGCACCCAGUGCAGGAUGCUCGCUGCAGGGCGCUCAGUGCAUGCAGUGCUGCAGUGUGCACGAGGCAGUGCAUGAUUCUCAGUGCAGGGCACUCCAUGUAGGUUUUUGCUCCCUGCCCAGAGGCACGCUGCUCUGCCCCUGCUUUCCCCCAGGGCACUCUUAGGGUACCUGCUCUCACCCUCUCAUCCCUGUGCAUUGCAGACAGCAGGCUGCUGUGUGCACAUCCCAGGAGGUUGGAGCAUCUGCCAAAGAGCUUGUCUGUAUGAGUGAACUCCCAUGCCCUGCUGCUUUAUGGUGCCACCGCCAUGCCCUGAGCCUGUGCUCAGCAGUGCCUUUGGGGCAGGAAUAUCUCUAGUGUUGCAUCACUGGGAAAUAAAAUAUUUUGAUUAUGUUUCCUAAGCAAAUUUGAGGUUUUGGGGUUUCUCUUGCAGAAACAACCUUUACUUUGCAAAGCCAUGAUCUUUGUGCAUGCGGGAAUGGAGCUCAUUAACACUUAUGCUUUGGCAUGUAAAUUUGGAAAUACUGUUUUGAAGAUGGGGAGUGUUUUUUCUAGCAGUACCUUUGAUGUUUUUUUUCUCCCUGUUGCAUGGCACGCUCUGACCACCCACGCUCGUGGUGAGUCUUUUGUUCUGCUCCGUUUGUGCAUAGGCACGCAGAGGGCUGCCACCAGGACAUGGGAACAGAGGCAAAAGGUUUGCAUAUGGCACAUCAGGGACUUUCCUCCUCCAGGACAAGCUGGCUGCAGGUUGCUGGCGUUGGUGCUGCCUUUCAGUGGCUCUGUCACUUCGGGUGGUGCUGCUGCUGCAAAUGUGAACCGCAGCGCUGCUUGGUCUAUUUGGGGAUUUUCAAAGGCCCUUGUGACCCACAAGUAGUCUAAAAUCCAUGUGUUUGUACCAGGGUUGGCUUCUGGUUCCUGUUACUGUGUCUGGCUUUCUGGCCCACAUCACAUCUUUAGUUUGAAUCAGCAAAAAUGCUCUGCUCUGCGUGGUGCUGCUCUUGUCACGUGGGGCCCUGAAAGCGACUGUUUGUGUUUUCCUCUGAAGGCCACUGGUGCCCUUGAGCAGAACAGUUUCAUGAUGUGGGCCCUGCUCUACACCUGGCUCCCUGCUCCCCUCCUGCAGUGCUGCCCUGGGGCUGCACCCCUGGGUGCUGCUGCGUGCUGCUGGGUGCUGCCAGAUACUGCAGCCCCAAGUGCUGCAGGAUAAGCAUUGCUGCUGUAGAAAGAUGCACAUGAGGUCCAUCGGCAUCUUGCUGGGCACAGUUACUGCUGUUCCUCCGUGAAGAUGUUCACAUUUCCUCAUCCCUCAUUAAGCCCAAGGAUCUGAGCUAAAACUUUCCAUGCCACACCUCUGUCAUUUCAGGAAGUCACUAGCAUCUAUUUCUGGGAAUGGUGUAAAGCAAAAUUAAUUUAGCAUCACAUCAUGCUUCUUACUGGUUCUGUCCCUUGUUUGCAAUAGUUUGCAAUGCUUCUCUGCUUUGAAGAAUGGGCCGGAGGCAGUGCUGUGUUGCAGACAGGGUGCUGCCUGUGGCCAGACGCUGCUGUGACCAGGCGAUGGCACAGCACGGCCCUGUGCUGCAGCAGGAAGGAAGUCUGCAAGUCUGUAUGUGUGUGUGUGUGUGCACAUUGUGUUUGUGAGGGUGAGAGCUGGAGGAGUUUCCGGAGCAAGGCAGCUGUUAAACCACUGCACCACGGAGCUCUGAGAUGUGUGUGGGUGCUGCUCAGCGCCCUGCAGCCUUGUCCAGGGUAGAUCUUGUGGCUGAAGGAAAGGAGCAGGAAGUGUUGUGAGGAUGAAAGGCGAUGCAUGUGCUGCAGAUGAGCUCUGCUCCAUUGCAGCGUUGGUGCUGGGUGGAGUUUCCCUCUGGUUUCCCAUCAGUGCUGAAGCAGAGGGGCUGCGUGACGUCUGGUUGGGCAGGAGAGGAGGAGGAUCUGGGGUGGCUGGAAUAACAAUUAGUGUCUGUACUUGAAAUGUUCUCAAAAACAUCCUCCAGGGCUGGGACAGGGCCAUGCGUGCAGGAACAGCACUGUGCACACAGGGACACAGCUGUGGCCUCACCAGGGCGCUGGCAGGAGCCCUGCAGUGAGUGUGGUGCCUGGGUUGCUCCAUGCAUGUGUUCUCACGGCCAUCUGCAUCUCAGCACGAAGCUUGGCUGGCAGCACCAUGAGCUGCAAGGGGCAGAUGCCCGCUGGGUUGAACGCACUCUGGCUGAAAACCAAAGUGUGGUGACGUGGUGUGCAGUCCUUGCACAGCAGGACAGGAUGCGGGUCACCAUGCGGCGGGUGCUGCUGGCGGUGGGCUCGGUGGUGGCCCUGAUGGUGACGCUGCACCUCGGCCAGCAGGUCCUGGAGUGCCAGCAGGUGCUGAGCAAGAGGAGGCACAGGCUGAUGAGACCCGAGAAUGAAGAGCUGGUCAUGGUGGACUCCAACCACGUGGAGUACCGUUACAGCAAGGAGAUGCCCCUCAUCUUCAUCGGCGGAGUCCCCCGCAGCGGCACCACGCUGAUGAGGGCCAUGCUGGAUGCCCACCCAGAGGUGCGCUGCGGGGAGGAGACCCGCAUCAUCCCCCGCGUGCUGGCCAUGCGGCAGGCCUGGUCCAAGUCGGGGAGAGAGAAGAUGAGGCUGGACGAGGCCGGGGUGACGGACCAGGUGUUGGAUGCUGCCAUGCAAGCCUUCAUCCUGGAGGUGAUCGCCAAGCACGGCGAGCCGGCCAGGUAUCUGUGCAACAAGGACCCAUUCACCUUGAAGUCCUCUGUCUACCUGUCCAGGCUGUUUCCCAAUUCCAAGUUCCUCCUGAUGGUUCGAGACGGCCGUGCUUCGGUCCACUCCAUGAUCACACGGAAGGUGACAAUCGCAGGCUUUGACCUGAACAGCUACCGGGACUGCCUGACCAAGUGGAACAAGGCCAUCGAGGUGAUGUACUCCCAGUGCCUGGAGAUCGGGCGCUCUCGCUGCCUGCCCGUCUACUACGAGCAGCUGGUGCUGCACCCCGAGCAGUCCAUGCAUGCCAUCAUGAAGUUCCUGGGUAUCUCCUGGAGUGACACCGUGCUGCACCAUGAGGAGCUCAUAGGGAAGCCUGGCGGAGUGUCUCUUUCCAAGAUAGAAAGAUCAACGGACCAGGUUAUCAAGCCAGUGAACAUGGAGGCAUUAUCUAAAUGGAUUGGACACAUUCCAGGGGAUGUACUGCAGGACAUGGCCCACAUAGCACCCAUGCUUGCCAGGCUUGGCUAUGACCCGUAUGCCAAUCCACCCAACUAUGGCCACCCAGAUCCACUUGUUGUCAACAACACGCACAGGGUUUUAAAGGGGGAUUAUAAAACGCCAGCCAACUUGAAAGGCCAUCUGCAGGUGACUCAGAACACGUCAUCUUCUCACUAAUUAAUGAUUUCCAGGCUGCUGCGAACGGCCCUGGGUGGCCCUGCAAAGAAGAGUUUGCAGUUGCACCGGUGGAGAUCUGUUAUCCAAGCAUAUUGCUUGCUAAUAUUGCCAAAAUGACUGCCGUGCGAGGAAUGUAUUUGCAUUUAUUUGCAAAGGCCAAACGUUGUACACUUCGAUACCACUCGUCUCCCUUUGCUGGAUGCUCCGUGGUGAAAAAUCUGUGGAAGUGAAGAUCGACUGAACCUUCAAAGUGCAUUGGAAAGAGAUUUUCUAUUCAAUUCCCGGAGAACAUUUUAGAGCUGUAUUUCAGUGUCUCGUAAUGCUGUUCCUUAACGUGCAGAUCAGAAUAGGUGUCAUAACCGUGUAGAGCAUUUGUUGUACAGGUGACAAUCCGGGACUCCCUCUUCAAUCACUUGUCAUUGACAGAUUCUAUUUAAGAAUUAAUAUAUGAGGUCAUUCGUUUCA